AUAAGGGAGACAUUCAUAAGGUGGUGCAGAAGAAAACUCAGACCUUCGUCAUCGCUGAGUAUCAACCUUUCCACCACAGACACCACCACAUUCUCACCUUCCUCCUCCACCCCCCCACUAUGAAGCUGUAUUUGACCUCCAGGACUGAACUGGUGCAGCUGGAUGUGGGAAACUGUGCCCAGUACGGAGACAGGUGUGGGGAUUGUGUCCUCUCCAGAGACCCCUACUGCGGCUGGAACGGCUCCCACUGCACCCCCCACACUCAAGACAUGCUUCAGGACGUGAGCCAAGCAGAUCAUAACAUCUGUGUGUCUUCAGGGAUGGUUGAGCAGUCUCAAACAGUGAGUAAAUAUCCACCUGGAAGAGACGAGGUGACGAAGAGCAUCAAACUCCCUCUGAACUCCAAAUACUUCCUUCAGUGCCCGGUUUCAUCUCAUCAGGCCACAUACACCUGGAUCCACCUGGAGAGAAACACCUCCCGGAGCCUGGAGGAUUCUCCGGGCCUCCUGCUGAUCCCCAGGAUGAGUCCGGAGCAGGAGGGCAGGCACAGGUGUGUGUCGGAGGAGAGGGGGUACACCCGAGUGCUGGCUGACUACACACUGCAGCUGGAGAGCAGAGCGGGGGUCAAAACAUCAACAUCUCUGCUGCUGGGGCUCUGUGUGACCGCCGCGCUGAUCCAGAGUCUGUCCUGUUAGUCCUCAGAUAGUAGCAAUACAGUCCUGCAUUCAAAACCUUAGAAAACUGGUAUUAGCUUAGAAAAAUACCAAAAAGUACAUUUUAUUGGAUUAUAAUGACUAAUUUGUUACAUUUCAAUGUUUCUCUUGGUAAAAGUGGGGUUUAUUUCACAUUAUCUACUGCUAAUGGAGAUCUCUAAACCCUCUGUAGUAUUGCUACUCCGGUCGAAUAUCUGAGUUAAAGUCCUGCAUUCAAAACCUUUAUGCAAAAUGGUUAAUUGCAGAAUCAUAUAUAUUUGUAUUGGAUUAGAAUUACUCAUUUGUUGUCUGACCGCCGCUCUGAUCCAGAGUCUGUCCUGUUAGACCUCAGAUAGUAUACUUCAGUAGCAAUACUACAGAGUUAUAACAAAAAAUGCAGUGGAGUAAAAAGUAGGAGCAUAAAGUGAAAGUAUUGUAGAAGAACCUCAAAUGUGUACUUGAGUACACGACUGAUCCUGAGUGGUACGAAUGCAAAGGCAAUAAAUGACACUUGAAGUUGCGGAAGAUACGUAACCCCAAAUUGCUCCCGUUAGCUGUGUGUGUGUGUGUGUGUGUGUGUGUGUGGUGGUGUGUGUGUGUGUGUGUG